CCGUCAUCAGUUCUAACCACGGACUGUUCGUUACCGUCGCCCUCGUUUUGUGAACGCUCUAUAAUCGCACUUGUGAAAUGUUUGUGAUAUAGCAAAAGUUAUUUUCUCCAUGGUUUUGGUGGUAAAGCUAAAAUCGGAGCUUUAUAUUCAGGAUUAUAUUUCAGAUGAGCAUUGAAAUAAGAUAACAUCAACAUGUUAGCAGCAACACUGACCACGCUGACGCCGCGCAUGCGGUUCAGCUACCGCAAGCCUAUUAUAGAAAACUUGGUGUUCAAGCUUCAUUACCAGCUCACGGUAACGAUGCUCUUGGCUUUCGUGAUCCUCGUGUGCGCGAGGGAGUACUUCGGAGACCACAUCAGGUGUUUGUCGGACCAAGGAGUGCCAGACCAUGUGAUACAGACAUACUGCUUCUUCAUGGCCACCUUUACCAUUGUGCGACAUUACAACGAAAGCCUUCUCCAAGGCGGUUUCCUGCCGCACCCCGGCGUGGGUCCCCUAUCCGAGUCAGAUGAAACAUUGCACCACACUUACUACCAGUGGGUGCCAUUCGUACUCUUCAUCCAGGCCAUCUGCUUCUAUAUGCCGCAUUACAUUUGGAAGAAGAAAGAAGGUGGUAGAAUUAAAGCAUUAGUUGAUGGUCUGCAGUAUGCCAGCCUAGCGCUAAAAGAUGAGAGCAUGAAUGUAGCUGGCAUGGACGUACCCUCCAAGGAGGCUCUUGAUAAUCGUCUCAACAUCAUCAGAAAAGAUAUUGUAAUGAGGUUGCGCAUAACAAGAACGUGGUCAGUCUGGUUGGUGUCCAUGGAGGUGGUCAAUCUGCUACACGUGAUGUUGCAGAUCUGGAUUAUCAACAAGUUUCUCGGUGGAAAGUUCAUGUCACUAGGCCCGCAUGUGGUUAACUACAAAGACUGGAGACAAAUCGCAGAUCCACUAGAAACUAUCUUUCCUAAGGUAACGAAGUGUAUCUUCCACAAAUACGGUCCGAGCGGGUCGAUCCAGCAACACGACGCGCUUUGCGUGAUGGCGCUCAACAUCAUACACGAAAAGAUCUACACUAUCCUGUGGUUCUGGUUGCUGUUCCUCUUCAUUGCUUCCCUCCUCGCGGUCAUCUGGCGAAUGGCGUCUUUCUACUUUUACCGGCGGUCGCUUCGUUUCAAUGAAAUGAUGUUCCGCCGAGUGAGCUCCGGCAAGUUCAACUCACACAACGUGAUCAGCGUGAUCAACGGCUCCCAGUUUGGCGACUGGCUGUUCUUAUAUUAUCUCGCCAAGAAUAUGCAAGGAUUUGUCUUCCAGAAACUUUUCAAGCAGCUAUCGGAAGAAUUAGAAAAGCGAGAAGUACCAAACAAUGAACAGAAUGAUACAAACGCCGGAGCAGAGCCUAUCCUUUUAGGGCAGGUCAAUUACGACGAUGAAACUUUACCACUCAAAGAUGCGAAGAAAUCAUCAUAGCUGGAAACAGGAGUUGUAGAGUAGGGUAGUUUUAGAAACAGUAUUUUUUUGAAUGAGAGUUUAUAUUAAGUGAAAUAAAUGAAGAGUUGACAGCCCCUUUAAUCAAGUAACAUUUCUUCAAUUGCUUAAAACAAUAGAAAGCGUUGAAACGUAUGUAGAUGACAUUUCGAUUCUAUUAGUCUCGUAACUGUGAUGUGUCAUCUUCACAUGUUAGGUCGAAAUGUCACUUGACUAGAGAGGCAUAUUUUAAUAGUGUUCGAGAUUUUAUAGAUCAUUGCUCUAGUGAUUGAAAUAAGACUUCAAAUAGUGUUGAAGUCAUAAAUACGCAAGCAAUUUAAAUCGCGUGCAAUCCAAAAAGCCUCAUCAUUACAUCAUCUUCCUUCAAGUUUUUGAACGUCAUCAAAGCCUUUCUACAGUCUCGAAAUCGAAAAACUAUCAUGGAGUUGCUUACAGUUUUUGUAUUUUUACAUAAUUACUUAUUUACUUGCCAGACUAAUUUUAGUAAUAAUAAUAAAAUAUUUAGUAAUUUAUGUAGAUUGUCUGGCCUGGCAGAUACCACUUUUAAUUUUGUGCAACGUUUAAAAACCGUAAAAAAAUCAACUAGCUUCUUUUUUGGUUUUGGCGUGAUAUUAUAAAUAUUGAAUACAGUUACAAAGCUCAAUUUCGUACU